GUCGAAGCUUCCUCCGAGAGGAUCAUGGGAAACAGUUCUGGCCGCUGUAGCGGAGGGAGUUUCGAAAUAUUUCACGAUUAGCGACGUGGGAUCCUGCGAUCUGGAUGAAGUCUUCCUGAGUGGGUAGUCAAGAGGGAGAACCGAUGCUGUCUUUUAAACAUGGAGCUAAAGCUGGAGGUUGUUUUGUCAUCCAGCAUCAAACGGAAGAAACCAUGGCCGCGGUUCUGUUGGCUUGGGAAGGAGAAGGAGUCUGUGUUCCUGCUAGAUGACAAACGGAUCAGUGAGAUCAACAUGGUGUCUGGUCGCACCAAGAAGAGGACUCCUAAACUCCAUCCUUUGCUCAACAGUGUGAUGACAAUGGCUUCAUCUCACAAUGGUAUGUGGCUUUGUGGACUUUUGGUCUCAGGAGAGCUGUUUCUGUGGAACAAGGAUAAAGACUUGUUGAAGACUGCAGCAGCAGUCCCAGAAGUAGUUCAUAUGAUUACUGCCGUUCAAGGGAAUGCCACACGACUGUCACUCCAGGUUUCUGGGGAUGGGAUGCGUGUGCUCCUGGUGGCCAUAACAGGGCAAGUGUUCCUGUGGGAGUGUAUGGAUGUUAGAGAUUUGACUGGGCUACGAGAUGGCACAGUCAGGGGACGCUGGGCACAUAUACAGCCCCUCGAAGACUCCAUUUUGCCUUCUUCACAUGACAAAGAAGCAUCCCAACACACCCUCUUCGUCAAGACAGAGACUAUAGGUGAUGUCUGCUUAUCAGCUUUUGUUUUCACAUCUGGGAAGAAGCUUAUGAUCACCUUCCUGAAAAUUCAAUGGGAAGAGGGCCAUGUGAGAGUGGGUUCUGUGGGAUACAGCAUACAGUGGGCCACCAAGACAUACCCCAUGUCUCGUCUCACCCCACCCUGCCAACCAGUGAAGUCCAGAGGAGCCUUGGUGCCAGCCUUCUCCCCAGAUGGCCGACUGUUAGCCAUCGUCCUGAAUCAGAGACAGCCUAAGGCCACACAGGUCCUCUUUGUGAGCACACAGAAUUUUGUCUCAAAAUCAAGUGGCCUUGGAGGAUGCGGAAGUAAGAAAAUGGACAUCCCCUCUAAAUACAUACGGUCCUACUGGGUGGGCAGUGUGAGCUGGUCACCAGGCGGUCUUUUCCUGUCCUGUGUUCUGAAGAGAGGGUCCCUUCUUAUGGUGUCUCGCCUUGGGGGACUUCUCACUCUCACAAGCUCUGGUUGCAGUGUUGACUUUGGGCCCGCACACUUCCUACCCCUGCAUCCUCUCGUCACUUACCGGCCGCCAAUGACCGCAUUGAAAGGGGAGGCCUCUCUGUCCAGCUCUAGCUUGUCAGUUCGGGAUGUCCUGAGGCAGCGAUAUUCUGUGACCUGGCAUCCACGGCUGUUGUAUCUCAUUGUGUCUGAUGGGUAUAUGGCCACUGUUAUGAGGGUGCUAGAUAGGCCUUCUGCCGCCCUGAUGCUAAAAACACUUCUAAAGGACACAAGCAAGGACCUUGAGAAGGCCAGCCGGAUACUGGAUAAAUCACAGAUUCAUGUGAGGGCAUGGCUGGAGUCUGUAUCUUGCCUGAAUCUUGACAGCAGCCUUGACGUGUUCAACCCCAUUGUUACACGUGGGCCCAAAACAGCAGACUCUGUCCUUUCAGCAGCCACAGAUGGAUCCACUCUGCCACUUUUCCUGCAGGACCAGGGGACAUUGGGUGGUACCAAGGAGCUUCUUGAAAAAGUGCAGACUUUCUUUGAGGAUGACUCUGAUUUAGACGGAGCUCCUGCUGGUUCUCAUAUGGAGGAUGGCGGCCGUCUGGAGUUUGCCUCAAUGUUUGACACACUCCAUGCCUUGGACACACAGACUGACACUGGACUUAUUACUAGCCCAGAUUGUGAAACUGACUAUAUUGAAACAGGGAGGAAAACUCCUCUCCUUCAUCGGGAACUUGGGAAAAUCCAGAGUAAGCUGUUAACAGCCUGGGCUUUUGGCAUGUCUCUAGGAAAUGCUGUGGAGAACAGAACUUGUUUGCUCAAGCACACUCUCUACUGUGUGGUACGAUUUGCUGCUUUACUCCAUUUGAUGCCCAGCUCCCCGGUCCACACAGGGAAAAAGAACACCUCGGUUUCUACUUGCCUCUUGCACCUUCUCAAAGCCCUUCUUUCUUUUCUUCCCUGGGAUAGCGCUCACUCAGAUGGGCCAAGCUGCCUGGGGCUGGUGGUAGAGCUCAGUAAACGGCUGAUAUACCUCAUGCUGACCCCUAACCCUGAGUCCCACCAGACUGGUCACUGUCAGUUAUCAUCCCACAGUCUAUCCACAGUCCUACUGAUCUUGCAGCAGGUCUCUGAUUCUCUUGACCACACCUACAGCCUGCAGCAAAGACAUGUCUGGUCCUCUGCAGAGAAGGAAUCCCAGCCACCACAGCUCUGGCCUUCGGAUGUACACCAUGUGCCUCUGUUACAGGAUGAGAAGGAAGAGAAAUCUAGUUUUGUACAGCAGGCACAACCUGUUCCCCAGCGACCAUCCAGCAGAUUGUUGGGAGUGUGGCAAUGGGUCUAUAAUAUCACCCAGCUGUAUAUGGAGGAACUGAAAAGCUUUAAAGGCUGUGAUGGCUGGGAGGAGGAACAGCAACAGUUGGCAGUCAACAUGGCCCAGAUCCAAACUGCUCUGCAGGCUACAGGAGAAAGGCUAGAGAAGGGCCCUGGACUGCUAAGUUACCCAGGCGAACAUCUUUUUCUGUGUGGUUUGUACCCAAAAAGUGCUGAUACAUGGCGGUCACAAAUUUGUGAGGAGAGUAACAAAAGCUCUGAUCGUAGUGUCUUCAAAGAGACACGGCUUUGUCUGGCACUCCUAUACAGUUUGUUAUCCGAGUACCGUCUGAGAGAAGCCCAGGAGUUGGGGGACCACAUGGCCCGCCUGAUCCUGCAUAGGGCUGGACACCAGAAGGACAACAUGACCUCCAUAACAGCAGACUCUCUUCCUUGCUCGUGGUUGCCGAUAGACCUUCACUGUGAUGCAGCUUGUGCCGUGGUUCAGACCCUGGGGAGAUUCAUGGCCUCUUAUUUCACCAACCAACCCCUCUACAUCAUGCCCCCUCACCAUGUGGCCGUCCUGCCUCCACUACAUCUACCACAUGCCCCCAGUGUCGGGCGCUUGGUGCCAUUGUGCCAGAAGGAGGUGGCUAGAGCUGUGCGACAACAGCAGCUGUCAGAAGUAUGGACAGUAGACUACGCCCAGGACCUGCUCCUUCUGGGGGGUCUGCUUCCUGAGACUGUGUGGUUGGCUUACCAUCUUGGGGACUGGAAAACAGCAGCGUCUCUGGGCCUGGCCUAUAGGAAUUACUGCAAUGACCACUUUGACUUCACCCGACUCAGGAGGAGAGAGCUCCAUCUCCCACCAAUUUUAGAACCAGGAAGCAUUUUUCAGGUUGAGUUGGAGUGUCUUCUUGACAACAAGUCCGACUCCCAAGAGCACAGAGAUGAAGACGGUGACGAGAGCUUUAGAGACCCUUUGGAAGGAGAAGACUGGGAUGUGUUACAAGUUUCCAUACAGGAGAUUCUGAAGGCCUCAGUCAUGGCCGGAGUGAAUGUUAUAUCAUCACCUUUAUCUUCUUUGCUGGACAGAGCCAAAACCCUGUGUUCUUGCUUGCCUACCUUGGUGCCCAAUGGACUGUAUCUGCCUUCCCCACCUCUUUAUUGCCCUCAGCCUUCCCCCAACACACAGGACCCAGUAUGGACAACAGGGCAGUUUGCAGAAGUUGCAUCACGUCACAAAGUGUCUGGAGUUCUCCAAAGAUUACUGUUAUUUCUGAGAUCUGCACGUUGUUGCCAUCCUGCUGCCCAGUGGUACAUCAGCCACCUGCGCCGUGCCAGACACAUAUUACACAAGAUCAAGAAAAAGUACUCUUAUCCAUCAGCUGCUGAAAAAGAAAACCCUUUCCCAGAAGGCCUGAUGAAGUUCAUCACCCGCAGUGGAUUUUUCAGACGGGGGCCUAAUAAAGACGGUCACCUGGACCCUGACACCAUUGAAACAAUUAUCUGUUUUAGGGAGCUCUGUGGUUUAUGCUGGAUGCUUCAUGUCAGGGAUCAGCUCUCCAUUUCCUGCAGGAAGUAUCAGGCUGCCAGACAGCAUGACAGAGAUGAACAGAUCCCUGAGGGUUCAGAAGUGAUACCUACCUGUGUUGACGCUCUCCGCUGGGCCCGUCGUUUUCUGCCUUUCUCUUGCUUCCUCAAUGCUGAAGAGAUCCUCCAGGACAUACUCCUCAGCCUUGUGUCUGAACUUCCUCCUAUCUCUCUGGUGGCAGACACGCUGGUACAAGCCUUCCCAGAGGAGGAAGAGUCUGUCAGAGUCCCUUUGAGAGAAAAGUACAACUCACUGCUGCAGAGACUGAGGCAGUGCAAUGUCAUUGAGGGUGAAAAAGGGGAGGUGAACGAGGUGAUGAUGAUUGUGAUUCAAGACAAACGCAGGCAGAGAAGAAAACAUCUUGGGCGUUUGCAGAGGCACCUGGCCACCCCUGAGCUCCAUCUGUGGGAGAAGGAGGAGGAAGAGGAGGACAGGGGAAGCAAACAUGGGAUGGCUGUGUUGAGGCAACUUUCACUGGGUACAAGUCUGAGCACCAGCACCUUAACUGACUGUGGGUACCCCCCAUUGUGCAGUGAUGGAGACCUAGCGGAUAAUACAUCUGACGCUAUCUCUCCUGAAGUGCAUAGCAGAGCCAAGACAAGGGGCAAAAAAGCAAAAAAGUUGAGAAAGCAUGCAAAGAAGACUGCUGUUAAGAUUGAAAGCGUCAUUCAGGAGGAGAGUCACCCAGGUGAGGCCAAGGAGAGUGAGCAGCCCUCCCUGCCGGUGGUUGGCACCUGGGAAUUUGAGCUGGAAGAUGAAGAGUAUUUAAAUUUCCUGGAGCUUUUCCUCAGCUACGUGCUAGAAAAGGAUAGUGCCGAUGGAGGGGAGUCAGGCGGUGAACUCCCUUUGUUGAAGGGCUUCUCCUCCCAGCUGAGGGAGAGAGAGUUGCAUUCUCUCACCUUUGACGUGCUCACCACUAUUCAUCGCCGUCAAAGAGAUGCGCACCAUCCAGCAAGAAAACACCUGAGCAAUGAUCCUCCAGUGUUCAGAGCUGGCUACUGCUACAAACCUGUGAAACAAGGUGCGGCACCAGAGUUGCAAACUUCCUCCAUCUGGAGUGAAGCACCCAUAUCCAGAACUAGCCUUUCUGUCAACUCUCUUCCUGGGCUGAUAACUGGCAGGGAGAAGGGUUUGUUUGGCCUUCGACAGCAGAGCAGUGUGCCUUUGGCUCAAAGAAUAAAGGGAGGUCGUUUUGGUUCUGAAAGUAACCCUAUACAAAGUGCCUUUCCCACAGGGCAGCCAUCAGAGAGCUUGAUAUUUGGCUCCCCAACUUCUAUGGAAGCUGUGAUUGAACUGCAGCAGGGCUUGGACCCUAAAUUAGAGGCUCAGUUUCCAGAGCUGGGCAGGCUGCUGGAGUGGAUGGUACGCUGGGCCGAUAGGAGGGUGCUACUAGGACAUCAUGGCAAAAAGAAGAGAGAGAGGGGAAGAGGGGUUGGCGGAACAGCUGAUGAAGGUGUAGUGAUUCGUGUCAAAGCCUCGGCACCUGCCGUCCUCACUUCCCUCAGCUUGCUGCAGCACAGAUACACUGCUUUACUCGGGUCUGACUGGUACAGUGCCCAUAUCCAAGUUCCAGAAACACAAUGGACUGUAGCCCCUGUGCUGCAACAUGAGGUGAAUAAGAAGCUGGAGAGAGAGAGCAGUGUUGAUACAGGCUACCCUGGAUCAGCCAACACUCCCAUCGCUGGUCUUGAUCACAAUCAACAGCAAGAAGAACUGUCCAUUGCUACACAUACAGAUGAACCAGAGGAACUGACAUUUCACAGGACACCUCUCCCUACUGACCAGGAUCAACUGAUAUUUGAUGAUCAGCAGAGACAAUCCAGUUUACAACAACCAUCUCUCGAUGACUUAGAUGUAACACCUGAAAAAGAAGGCAAAAGUACUGAGAGUGAGGGCUUGGAAGUGUCGUCCUCUGUUUCCAAUAGGAACAUCUCUGAAAACAUCUGCACGCCUGAGACGAGUUUAAAGCUUGCAGACCUGGACUUCUCAGAAAAUGCUGCGGAUAUGUCCAGUUCCGCCUCUCUUUCAAGCCACAGUGAUGCUAAAAGCCUACAAGCUGCCCCACACCCAGAGCCCCAAGCUCUUCCUACUGUCCAGCCAGAGGCAGAGGUCCAUGCAGAGCUUUCUAGUUUAACUGGCGUGCUGCUCCCCAACACACCUGUGGAUCCUCCAAGCCUUCAGCGACAAAGCUCCACAGCUGGUGCACCCACUGUGGAUAUUACAGCCCCCAAUCCGCCAUUAUCCACUCAGACUGAGCCAAUGAGGCAGCGUCUCGGUGAAGACUUAUUCAGACUGGUUCAGAAUAUCAACUACAUGAGCUUUAUGGAGGUUUUGGGAGCUUCAUUUUCGAACCUUCAACUUGCCCAGCAGAGCUCGUCUUUGGCCCAGUCUAACAUGAACUCCUCACACCAUAAUGUGCCAUCCUCUUAUGCUACCAAUUUCAUCCCUCAACCAAAUGCCUUACCCGUUCCAUCCACCAUUUCUGUGACGCCUCACACACAAGCAUGUGCACAAAGUUUAGGAUCCAACAACCCUCAGUUCGAUCAGGUCCCUUCAUACCUGUUUGCACAGCAGCCUGCCAGACUGCGUUCAGGUAUAUCCUCUUCAACAGCUGGCCAGCAUCACACCACUAUGAAUCGACCCUCAACUGCUACUGGUGAAGUUGUAAAUUAUCAGGAAAUGCAGCCACUCUCUGUCCAAGCGAUGUCACCAGAAAUCCAGUUUAGGGAGAGCAGGAGGUUAAUCCCACCCACAGAGGGGCUUCUGACAACUACUGACAUCAUUCACAGUGCCCCUGUGUUACCGCUUUCUAAUGAUUGCGUACAAAGUGAUCCUGCCACCCAGGUUUUGGGUCUGAAGUUACUUCAUCUCCAACAUCCUCCAUUGCCCCACCAGAAUGCCUCACACUAUCCCCCAGCCCAAAGGUCCCAGGCGCUGCACACCACAAACCCUGCAACCAUAUCCCAUCAGCACAAGCAUAAGAACAACAGCCAGUCUGCCUCAAAGAAGAUGGAAAAGGAAAAGAGAAAUGGGUCUUGGGUUCCAAAAAGACAACUCAGCUUUGAUUCUCCUGGGUACUCUCAACCCAAGACUCAGACAUCAGAGAAAUUCAGAGAGCAGAGCUUCUCGCUACUUUCUCCUGCUUUACCAGCUCACACACCUGCACCAAUGCAGGGCCUUCGCCUGCUGCACUUUCAGUCUGCCCCACAAAACAACAUCACGUUCCCCAGACUACCCUUACCGUAUUCCUCCAGGCCUGCUACUGUCAUUCCAGCUCCAAUGGGAGAAGCGCCUAUGAUCAAGCUUCUACAUAUAGAAUCUGGACCAAAAAUGAUGUUGCCCCUGGCCGCUCCUUCAGCCCAAACGACUCGUCUCAUCUCCAUGGAGGAGUUGACAAGUUCAGUGAUGGGGAGGCAGAAUGCUGAAGAGGCUCGACCGCGGUUGCUCACAGUAGACCCGUCUGCUGAAAGCACUAGAAGGGCUACCACUUCUCCUAGCUUUAACUCCAGCAAGAGGCAGAAGAGAAGAGAUGAGAAGUCAGGGAGGGCAAGAAAAACAGAGGUCACAUUCAGACCGAGCGAGUCUAUCAUCCUUACACAAGAGCCUGCAAAUGAGGCCGUAUCUGAGGAGCCUGCUGCUGGACAGAAUGCUGCCAUUCAGUUUGGGUCCUUUGACUCUUUGCUGACUGGUCAGAGAUUAUUGGACAAGGCCAUGUCCACCUCAGCUGAUCUACAUGCAUUUGCUUCCACGUGUAAAAGACCCCCAGAGUGCCAUGAUGCAUUCACCAACACAGACCCAGCUUGUCCUUCCACUCUUGUGGAUAAAGCUGUGUCUGCCUCUGUGACUGCUAGUAGUGCUAAAUCACAAAGUUCAGGAAAUCUGCACCUUUUCAAAGAGCGCCUUGUUCCGGACCCAGAGGAGACCCCACAGGGACCUGAGAAUAAUCUGGAUCUGAAUGGCCGCCAGUUCAUAAGUGUCUUGGAUCUUGAAGACAAAGCCCUGCAUCAGGAUUUGCCACCCAGUCUCAGCCCAGAAGCACAAGAUGUUCCUUCCGUCCGCCCAUCCUCACCUACUUCUGCUGAGCUUCAUGUACUUGCAACUUCUGUUAUUAGGAGUGCUGCAGUUGCUGAUCCACAACCCUUUGUCAUAAUUCCAGAGGAUCUCCUGAAACCCAACACUCAUGCAGAUAUCACUGAGGAGUCGCCAUCACACAGCCACAUUGGGCCCGAUAUGGAUCCAGAGAGAAUCACUUCACAAGACUUGGUUGAUCUGUCUGACUCUGAAAUCUGUCGAGCCAUAAAGUCCCAGAGCGUUGGACCUCACAGUGCCUCAUCCAUACCUCCUACAGUCUGGUUCUCCUCUCGCCUGUCAGAGCUGGAUGCUCAGUUGGCCGCUCUACAGAACAUUGCAGACUAUCUGGAGAUGGACUUCUCCAACUCCAGGAUGCUGGUGAACACUAUUGAAAGGCUCACACCAUUCUCAGAUCCGGAAGUGAAGAAAAAACAAAAAACUGUCAGACUCUCUGUCCCACAGGAAGCAUGGAUGUCACAACUGGACACUUCAACUGAACCAAAUGCCUUUGAAGAGGAAGAAGAAUAUCAGGAAGAAGAAUGUGUGGUUCAUAAUGACGAAAGGAAGCCAUCUUUUUCUCACAGUCACAAUGCUGGUCCUUCCUACCUUUACACCCCUCCAAAAACAAGAGAUCAGCUGGCUGAAACAUCUGGAAUAUCUCCUUCAUGGGCCAAUGAGAAUCUGGGUCACACUGGGCUAUCCGAUACAGCAGAAAUCUUAGACGAGCUGGUGAAGGAGGGGUAUUUAUCCCCAGCUGACCUGGAUUUGUCCAAUUCACAGACUGCGCACCGUAGCAGCAGGAUGGACCAGCAGCAAAGUAGCUGGAUGUCGCAGAAACGUGUCCUUCCAGAGGACGAGAGGAGAGAGCUGAGGAUCUGGAUGAGAAGGAAACACCGGGAAAGACUGGCUGUUUAUCAGAAACACAGAGAGAGCCUGAGAGAGAGGGAGCACAGACCUUUUUCUACCUCUGGAACAGUGAAACCAACAAACAAGAAUCGAGCAACCAUUUGGAGAACCAGAGAGGAAAAAGAAAAGUUUAUGCUUCUGGAGCAAUACAACCAGAGGACCCGUGAAGCUUGUUCUAUAGCCAAUGACUUUCCCAUCAAUCCUUCAACCCUACGCUGCUCCUCACGGACCGAAGGUUCACCUGUACCCUCGACUACACGAUGCAACUCUGCUCCCCCACCUAGUAGCGCUCACAGGACUCGCAGUGUAUCUGCCAAUGAUAAAAGAAGUCUUAAGUCUGGACCAGCUCAAGCCCAUCUUCGUCCAUGGACUGCUGAGAUGCAAGGACAGCCUUCAGAGGAUCACCGCAGGAGACUGGGACUACAUAGACCAGUUACCUUUCUGCCAAGGGACCGUCUGUCACAGGUGACCAGACGUGGCAUGCUCACUGACACAAAGAGCCACACUAAACCGCUCACAGCCAGCCAGAGUGACGAACAGCAUGUUGGAUACCAGAGAAACACGGGGCUAAACAAAAGUCCUUCAAGGGCGACUGCUGUAGGGAGAGGGACCAUGAGGGAACAGACGAGGAUGGAAGAGAGAGACGAGGUGAACCUUUGGGAGACUGCCUCAGAAUUGAAUAGGCUCCUGGGCCCAGAGGAGUCUAACAUAGAUUUGUCUGGACUUUUGGAUGAGCAGGAUGAUGGUGCCAUAGCUGGUGUGUCAGACAUGGACUGGCUGGACAACCUUUCUGAAACCGGCAGCAGCAGCCUCAGCAAAAUAGACUGGGCCGCUAUCGAGAGGAUGGUGACUGCAGAAGAAACUUGAGCGUCUCAAGAAAAAGAAAAACCUUUUCUUACCUUGCUGACACUUGAGAAGAUGUUAUAUUACUGGGAAAAAAACGUCCUUGAUUUUAUGUGCAUAUUGAGUAUAUUGUAAAUCAGACGCAUUAUAAACUACGAUAAUAUAGUUUUAUAAUUUAGAUAUGUUUAAUCAAUUCAGUAUGAUCAGCAGUGAUAUUAAAUACUGUAUGUCAAGACGAGACAAGAUGGAUUUUUAAUUGAAAAAGUGUGCCUACAGUAGAUAUGUAAUCGAUUUUAUUUUCAUAAUUUGUGAUAGAAUAUUUUGUUGCACUGACAUCUGCAGUAAUGUCCUCUUCUUAAAAAUAUCGGCAUGUGCCAUUGGUGUGUAAAGUUUUCUACAUUUAUAAUUUAUUUUUGUACAGACUUGACUGUCCCAGCUAUUAAAUAUCUGGAUUUAAGCAU